CCCCGGCCGCGACACAGACCCUGUGAUAGAGCCGGUGACACCGGUGACAGUGCCAGCGCCGCUGUCCCGCAGCCAGCCCCGCCGCCCGUCCGCCGCCGCCCGGGAGCCGCCGCAGGGCUAGAAGAAAAAUGAUGAAAAUGUUACCUUUUUUCCAAAGUGGUCCUUUUGGAAUACGCAAUGGAUCAGAGGGUUGCAUUGGUGCAAACAGUCAGUUUGAAAACCCUUCAGCACCAGCAGCUGAGCAGAUCCCUGCCUGUCCUGAACAUUCUGCAGACGAGAUCUGGUCYAGGGACCAGGAGAAGAUGAGUGAAAGGCCAGAGGCAGCCUGCAGAGCUUCACGUGCCUCUUCCACCACCAGCAAUGAGAGCUGCAUCUCUGCUGGGGAMAGCCCUGAAAAGGGGAACAAAGGAAUAAAGGGAAUGCUUAAAAGUGCAUUUAAGAUAGUAAAAAAGACCAAGCCACCCAGUGUCAAACAAGUCAUKAAUCUCCUCGGAGAGCAAAAGCUUUGUGAUGCCAUUCAACAUCUGUUUGUCCUGGAGAAGAGCCUGUCUUGCAAAAGUGAGGAGGGACUGAACACCAGCCAGAAAGACAUCGAGUCUGUCUAUGAAGUUCUGAAGCACAAAGUCUUCAGCAUCUUGAAAGAUUCUGUGCUGCUUGCAAAAACAAACCCAGACCUGCUGCAGCAGGCAGUGGAGGCUCUGAAGGAGCAGGAGAAAGAAGAUCAGAACUACAUGUCAGAGAAUCUACCUGACCAAAAUAUGCAAUUCAGACCUAGAAAAUGGAAAGAACUUUGGAUGGCUACAGUAAAGGAGUCGGUAGAGGCUCGAAUGAAAGACACAAGCCGUACUCCUAGAACUGAGAACCUCUCUGCAGUUGGCCAGAACCUCCUGCACAUGGGAAAGACAAUGAAAGAAGAUUUAACAGUGGUUGCCAAGUACAUUAAACAGCUUUAUCCUCCUGAGUUUAAUGUGUUCGGCAUAUACGCAGAACUCUACCACAAUUAUUUUGCCUCAGAGGCAAAGAAAAAUGCUGAGUCUCAUCUGGAAGACAAAGAUAUUUACCUUCUUCUCUCAUGGGUGCACAACUUUUAUCCAAAAGAGAUGAGAAAAGAUCAGGCUUUAGCCAUGGAGUUGGAUAAAGUUAAGCUUGGAAGCCUUUUGCCAUCAAGUCUGAGCAAAGAGCUUGAAAAGAAAUACCUUGACAGUGAAGAGGUUACUGUCAAAAAUUCACUGAGCAGAUGUUUAGAUAAAGAAAUCCAGACAUGGAAAGAAGACAAAGAACCAGAGAAGCUAAAUGGGCAUUUUCAGAGUGAACUACUAGGAAUAUUUGUUAUCCAGAGUAUCUACAGUGGCCAGAAGCGAGCUGAGGACAUCAGCAAGGCCGUGGGUGAGGAGCUGUCCCGCCGGCUGCUGAAGGAGCUGCCCACCUUCCUGAGGAGCUACAGGGAUGCCUUUGAGGACUUCAAGGAGAAAAGCAAGAAGCACAGAUACUACAAGCCUAUACUGAUUGCAAAUAUUAACUGCUSCUGGAAUUUUAGAGAAUACACAGAGAAAUACGUGGCAGAAAAAGAUGACAGUAAAGCCGAUAUCCUCAGCACUCUGGCUGAUAUUGAAAACAGUGGCUUUGACGUGCUGCUUCAACAGCUGUUUGCCCAGCUGAAGCCAAUGUACAAGAAGUUUACAGAGAAUAAGUGGGACUCCAGCAGUGAAAUUAUGAAUGAGAUCAUUAAAACCACCAGCAAACAUAUUUCAGACUUCCAGACCUUAAAGGACCCGUUUUACCAGGCUAUUGUCGAGAAGAUCCACRCCCGUUUGGUUAAAGAGUAUAUUGUGAGGCUGCUGAAGAGGAAGGUCAGCCUGAAAACGCCAGCACAGCAGCAAGCUCUGGCCCAACACAUCUCCAAGAAUGCUGCUGACCUGGAAGCCUUCUGCACCAGCAAUGGAUCUCAAGCCAAGUGGCUGAAUUCAGCACUCCCCAAACUGGCUGAAAUAAUCCGACUUCAGGAUUUAGGUGCUAUUAAAAUUGAAGUUGCAACACUUGCCACAACGUACCCAGAUAUCCGCAAAAGGCACCUGGAAGCUUUCCUGCAUAUCAAAGCCAAUUUGUCACGCAGUGAACUCAAAAGCRUCCUGGGCUACUUGGCAGACAGCACAGCAUCCACACAGCCCAGGGCCCCACUCUUCUCCAAYAUAAACGUGUCCUAGACCAAGGUACCCCUUGGCACUGCCCUGUGCUGGACUGUGGGGUGAGCUGGGGAUGGAGACCAUCCCCUGAAGCGACGCACAGCACACACUGCCAGCUUUUCUGAAGGAAAGUGCUUUGCCCCAGUGUGGUGCUCAGCAUCUUUGUGGGAAUCACCGUCCUCCAUGUGAGGCCGGGCAGAGAGUGCACCCCUGGGAUGCCUGCAAGGACAAGGCUGCUCCUUGCACCAGUCAUGGAUUCCCCCCAGGGUCCCCUUGGUGCCACCACAUUCUCUGCCUGGACACUGCCCUGGUGCUCUGACCUCUGUCUACCUCUCAGGGUGUCACAAAGGCUGCAUCACUGACUCCCCAGCCAGCCCAGACCAAGCAGGCACCACGUGUGUAGCUUUUUGUCUUUUUAAGGAAAUGAAGGAAAACAAAAACUGAAACCAAAUUCAGAUAAAUUGGAAAAGUCCCAUGGGAGCAUGCUUGCAAUCCAUCUGCCUUCCUCAGAGCAGGGCAAAGCAUCUGUGUUAGGCUGGUGGGAGAGGCACGAGGUUCUUGGUGAGGAGGAGCUGCAGUUCAGUCAUGGCAGGGCUCCUGCAGGCCCCUUGRAGCAGCCCCAGGGGUGGGCUCUGACCAGGGCAGCAGCACUGCCCAGGGCCUCGGGGUUUCCAGUGGAGAACUGGCCCUGGAGAGCAUGUGCUUCCUUCACCUCUGUGAGGUGGGAGCACCUGAGCCCCUGGCAGCCAGUCAAAAUAGGGAUACCCCAUCCUGUGCACCUGCAGGGAGGGAUACCCUGCUAACAGAGGCUGGGAGCAAGCUGCAGGGGYUAAGCCAGCAUCUAGUAAAGCACUUUAAGUAUUGCUGAAGCCCUCCUUAUCACAGAGAACUUUUCCAGAACCCAUUAACAACAUAGGUUUUGAAUGGGACAUGGAACUGGUCUUGAACAUCAUCAAUAUGUAUUGAGCACCCUGUGUGUGUCAUCAUUUUCUUGCUCACUCUUUCCUCUCUUGCUGUGAAGUAGAUCUGAUG